AUUCUAUUUUAUAUCUAUCAGUAGAAAGGAGGGACACAAUAAACAUAACUGCACUAACUUCUUGUUUCUAUAAACAGGUAUAAGUGCAAACACAAUUUAUGAAAUUCAUUUGCUAAUUUAUUUCACCUUCCGAUGGCUGGUAACAUUCGCGUUUUUCUUGUCGCGCUUCAUAUUUUCGCUUCAACACCUUUGCACAUAAGCAACAGAGCAGAAGAAGUUACAGUUAAAGAAAUUAGUGAAAUUGGGAAAAAAAAUAUUCCUGAAAUUUGUCAGAAAAACCUUUUUCUAAGGAAUCAUGCUACGAAAGGAAAUUUGCUUUCUCCGCAAGAUUUUGUUAAUUUGCGAAACUGCAACCAGCAGUAUCCCAACUGUAAACACAAAGUUGGAAUGUUGACUACAACAUAUGCAGAAGAUAGUAAUGGCAAAACCUUAAUCAUAUUUGAAGUUACGGGCAUCAAAAAACAAGGAUGUUGGGGGUAUUUGCUUCAAUUCAGUGACAACUUGGAAAUGAAAAAUAUUUAUUUUAAUUUCGAUAACGAGGAUGCUGAUUAUAAGAAGAUAAUAUACUUUCGUCUUGGAUUCACUUAUAACUUCACUGUUACACCUAUUCCAGGAGGUGAUUCAUUAAGCAUUGUAACAGAAGCACCGACACGAUGCGAGCUAGAAGUGAUAAAAGAUAUUUACUUUAAAUUAAAAGAAGAGAAGGACAUGUUCUCCAACUGUGAAACACCAAGUUAUACAGAACGAAAACGUAUAGCAACAAAGAUUUGCAACAUGUUUCCUCGUAAUGGAGCUAAACGGUGGAGAACUACACAAAAAUUACUCACUGAAGAAAAAUGUAAAUUUGUUCUUCUUUCAGGCAACUCACUUUGAACAAGAAAAACAAAAAUUAAAAUUCGCAGUGUUAUUAUGCCUAUUGACAGACAUAUGCUAGUAGCAUUAGGAACUUUCUAUAAAAUUUGUACCCAGGUUUCUGCUUUUUAUAUUUGUAAUUAGACCUCUUUUUAUGUAUUUAUUUUUUCAGCUAAUCAUGUUGCGUCGGUUAUAGAUAGAAAAUCAAAAAAAU